GAUUGAAGGAAUCUUGCCAACCCAAAAUCACCAACAUGGGCUACCAUGUCCAUGUCAAGAAGCACAUUGUUCGGCUUCAGGUCGCAAUGAACAAUAGGCGUUCCAGAUUGAUGGUGAAGAUAAUCCAUUGCAGUAGCAACAUCUAUAGCGGCGUUGAACCUCUGGAGGAAACUCAAGAUUCUUGGAGGCUCAUCUGUACUGGUUCCCACUGGAUGCAACCAUUCUUCCAGACUACCAUUGGCCAAGAACUCGUAGAUGAGAGCCUUGAAGUCGUUCAUUUGAUAAUCAACGCCUGAACACACUGUGAGUAUCCUCAAAAGAUUUCGGUGCCUGAUGUUCUUCAAAGCCGCACAUUCUGCCAUAAAACUCCUGGAAGCUCCGCUGCGCUGAAGGUUGAACACCUUCACAGCGAUAGUGCUGCCAAUCCCAUUUGCUUCGAUGAAUCCUUUGUACACGGAACCAAAGCUACCCACACCAAUAAG